AUGACAACGAACAACAAUUGGAAGAUGGAUAUAAAUGAUGAAUAUCAACAAGAAGAACCUUCAUCUCGCCACUUACUAUUCGCACUAGAAGAUUUACUCGAACGAAGUCAUAAGCAACAAUCUCUAAUCCUAUCCAAGAGAAAAUAUCAAAGUAAAAGUGCUGAUGAUCUAUGUGUACGUGGACGUCAUGGAACUCGUGUGGACCAGAACAACUCUAGUGGAACAUUGAUUGAACUUGAUCUGUCUGGUGUAUCUGCUGAGAAUAACUUAUAUUAUGAUUAUUCCGUCCAACGAAGUCGAUCAGCACCGAUUUCAGCAGCGGAUAUUUAUGAUAAGGAACUAGCUGCUUUUAUUCAAUGCGAUCAACAAGAGAAACAAUCAGCGGCUGAUAACUUUGUGUAUAAUAUCGAUCUUUCCGAUGUUAAUGAAGAGACGUCUCGUCAGUUAAAUUCGAAAAUUGCGGUUUUUUUCGAGGAGGAUUUUUCAUCCGAUGAGAUCAAUUAUGAGCCAUCAUCUCCUUACUAUCUACAUUCAUCUUUGAUUCCGAAUUGUUUAACAAUAACUGAAGAAAACGAAGAUGAAAUGGAUCAAGACGAAGAAAUUCAGUUGAUACAAACGAUUCCGAGAUCAAAUAUAAUUUUACUCGACGAUGAUAAUGAUACGAUUCUGUACGAGAAUGAUCAACAAAUCGAAGAGAAGACGGAUCUUCCACUAUUGAAUAUGAACAAACGUGAAGAUUCGAUCGAACGUCUUUCAACUAUCUACGAAUCACCAAGUCCACAACCUGAUGUUGACGAAGAAACGGAGGAUGAAAAUGAAAAACUAAUCGUUUACGAUAUGGCAAAAUCAUCGGACUCACUUAUCUCCGCCCCGAAAACUCAUCGCUCUUCGGUGACAUCGAAUUCAACCCGUCCUCUCUCCUGUUACACUGAAGCGUCAUUGGAAACAUGUACAAAUGCCAAUGAAACACUUUCAGCAUCACGACUAUGUGGAACAACAACGACGAUCAACGCGAAAGUGUAUACAUCAUUAUCUUUAUCACCGGUGACUGAUACUGAAAUCAUUCCGUCAGCCAUAUCUCUUCCUCAACCAACAAUAUCAUCACGACGUUCCUCUCAACAUAUUCAAACAAUGAGGGUCAUUCAGUCUUCUUCAUCAAGCUUAUCUGAUUUCAUAUCAACACCGUCAACGUUGCAGGAUACGAUUUAUUCGAAUAAUAAGACUUCGAACGUUCAUCAUUCUCUCUCAGAAUGUUCACUGCUUCACCAACCAACGGUAACAAACAAUGAAAUUGAUUUGAAUACGACUGAUGAACGGAAAACUUCAUUGUCUCGUCGAAUUCUUACUAAUGGUCUAUUACUUCUUCCAACAACACGUCGAUUUCAUGAACCACUCACGGUUAAAUUUGAAAAUGAAGACAAAUUCCUGUCCGAUACUUCAUCUUCAUCCGAACUGCUUUCAUCCUCCGAUGAGAAACCCUUGUCACGCUCAGAAUAUCUUCUCCGAAAAGAUGAGCAAACAUCUCAACAACGAAAAGCGUCCAGUUUGAAAAGUAUUCUGGUAACGCCAUCUCAAGCAACAUCGAACAUUCUUUAUCCCAUCGAUUUCGACACUCAUCAACGUCGUAUAUCCUGGCAACAGAAACGCUCAUCAGAUCCAUAUCGAAUGCCCAUAUUUGAUUCGGGCAUUAUCAUCGAUGUUCGUCCCACAUCGAUAUCGAGUAUUGAUGAAGAUGUUAAUCAUGGCACAAUCAAUAUUAAUCAAUUGCAACAAUAUGAGAUCGACUACGAGAAAACUUUAACUGAUAUGACAUUUAUUAAGAAGAAUAUCGUUGAUGUUGAAAGUCGCCUUAAUGAAGUUACACGCGAACUGGAAUUCGAACAAGCACUGAUUGAAGGUGAACAUGAGCUAGUCUUCAAACAAAUAUUGGAUGCAAGCGAUAGUGACCAACAAAAACUUCGACAACAGCAUAUCAAUUUACAAGUUUUAGUCGAGCGCAUCAUGGCAGAGAAAACUUCAAUCAGAAAUCAAAUAAGUUAUACGCAACAAGUUUUAUUCAAACUCGAACGGGAAUUACGUGAUUUGGAAGAACAAUAUCGUUCACCGGAUGACACAGUUCUCCAGAAAAAGGAAAAUCUCUCAUUUACCAGAAAGAAAUACGAAGAAUUAGAAUUUCAAUUGAUGGAAUUGGAAACACGUUGCGAGUCCGAACUCGAACAAGCCGAAGAACAAUUUCGCAAUGAACAAAAGCUCGUCACUCAAAACGCCAAGAUGCGACAAAACACAUUACGAGAACUCGAUCAUCAACAAUACUUGGCCUUACAUCAGACGACAUUGGAAAAAGAAAAACUCGAACGAGAAAAACAAAAACUGAAAUUAUUCUACAAGCAAAAAAAGAUCGAGGCUAAUGAAUACGAACGUAAAAUUCAAGAAACACGAUCCAAUGGACAUAGUCUACCGCGUAACUUUUAUCAAUCAACUCCAUUCGAUUUAUACAAAUAUCGUGAUGAUCUGUCGUCACCGAAACUGAGAAAAACUGGUGAUCAACAGGAUAAAAUCAAUGAAAUGAUAGUGAAAAUCAAAUUGGAAGAAAUUACAAACUUAGAACAACAAAUACGCGAGCGGUAUCAUAAUAAUUUAAAACGUCUGGAAGUCGAGCAGAAGCUCGCUGAUGACAAACAUGUGAAACUGCGUGAAAAAAGUCGAACACAAGAACGCCCGUUAACCCGCUAUUUACCAGUCCGGUCAGUUGAUUUUGACCUUCGUGCGCACAUUGAAGGUGCCGGUCACUUAUUGACAUCAUCUCAGAUCACUUUAACAUCAGCGACAUGUCGCGGUUAUCUCUAUAAAAUGGGUGGAAUGAAAUUCAAAACAUGGAACCGGCGAUGGUUUGUCUUCGAUCGUCAGCGUCGUUCGUUGUCCUACUAUCUCGAUAAAAACGAAUUGAAACUACGCGGGUCGAUUGAUUUCCAGUCGAUCGUAGAAGUUUACAUCGAUCAACUACAAUCAAUUUCGCUACGUUCACCUGAACCACGCGAAGCAACAUUCAUUAUGAAAACCAUGCAAAGGCCUUAUUAUCUCGUUGCUCCCACCGUCGAACUGAUGCGCAUAUGGAUCGACGUGAUCAUCACUGGUGCUGAAGGAAACACAUUUGCUAAUGUUUAA